AUGUACAGCUUCAUGGGAGGAGGGCUGUUUUGUGCAGGAGUGGGCAAUAUACUCCUGAUUGUUUCCACAGCAACAGAUUAUUGGAUGCAGUACCGUCAUUCAAACAACUACAUGCAUCAGGGACUGUGGAGAUACUGCACGCCUGGAAAAUGCUUCACACACACUGACAGCAUUGCAUACUGGGAUGCUACGCGAGCAUUCAUGAUCUUGUCUCUGUUGGCCUGCUUCAUUGGCAUCAUCAUCGGUAUUAUGGCCUUCAUCCAUUACUCCUCCUUUGACAGGUUUGAUAAAACCUUUGCUGCAGGCAUUCUGUUCUUCAUCUCUUGCUUUUUUGUGUUUCUGGCUAUGGCUGUCUACACGGGAGUCACAAUAAAUUACUACGGUAAACGCUAUGGUAAUUGGAGGUUCUCCUGGUCUUACAUCAUUGGCUGGGUGUCUGUUGUGCUCACUUUCUUUUCAGGAAUGUUCUACAUGUGUGCAUACCGGAUGCAUGAAUGCCCCAGAAGCUCAAAUCCUCAUUAG